AUGGUGAAGCUGCAUCCAUCAUCUAAUGAGACGGGUGGUGUGAUGGAUGUGGCAUCAGCAAUGAUGGUUAAGCUGAUAGUGAAAGUAAUGUUGUUAAUUUGUACUUACUGGAGAAGGAUGGAAGCAAUGUCGAAGCAGAAUGCAAAUUUUGCUUAUAUGAAGAGUGGGAUGCCUGGAUAUGUUUGUGAAGAUACUGAAAAUUUGAGGCUGUGCAGUGUUGAAAAGUUGGCAUCUAUAAACCAGGCUGUUCUUGGAAUUCAUGGUGUGGAUGUGCAGUUCUCUGGAGUCAAUUUCCUAGAAUCUUUGGUAUCAGAGUUCUCACCUUCUACUUCAAGUGCCAUGAGCCUUCCUAGGGAAUUUCACGAGCAAUGCCGAAUGUCGUUAGAGAAAGACUAUCUGAAGACAUUCUAUUGUUGGGCACAAGAUGCUGCUAUAAGUGUCACAAAGGGAAUAGCUGUCUCCAACACUGAAAUACCCGAGGUUAAGGUUUGCGCUGCUGCACUGCGUCUCAUGUUUCAAAUCCUGAACUGGGAUUUCCGGUACAACACAGCUGGCACAAAAGCUGGCAGAGAUGCUUUUUCACGUGGAGUCAGAGCUUACAGUUCACCUAAGAAGUCUGACUGCACCAUAGUGCAGCCAGGUUCUGCAUGGCGUGAUGUUCUGAUUUCAAGUGGCCAUGUUGGGUGGCUCCUGGGCUUCUACGCAUCUCUAAGAGAGAAGUUUCCUGGUGGAGGCUACUGGCUUGAUUGUCCUCUUGCAGUCUCUGCUCGGAAGCUUAUCGUACAGUUCUGCUCCUUAACAGGAACUAUAUUUCUUUCUGAUGAUGGACAGAUGCAAGAGCAUCAUUUGCUACAACUACUUUCUGGGAUAAUUCAGUGGAUUGAUCCUCCUCAUGCUGUUUCACAAGCAAUUGAAAAUGGGAGAAGUGAAAGUGAGAUGCUUGAUGGAUGCCGGGCACUGUUAUCUAUUGCAACUGUUACAAGCUCCAUUGUAUUUGACAAUCUGCUAAAAUCCAUAAGGCCCUUUGGCACUCUUGCCUUUUUAUCCACCUUGAUGUGUCAAGUUGUCAAAGUCCUUUUGACUAAAAACAUCGAUGACGGGACAUGGAGCUGGGAGGCACGUGACAUCUUAUUAGAUACCUGGACCACCCUACUCAUGGAUAAGAGUACUGGGGGGACUGAGCUGCUUCCACCUGAAGGAAUCAAUGCGGCAGCCAACCUUUUUUCCAUGAUUGUAGAGUCUGAGCUAAGAGUGGCUUCUGCAUCAGCGAUGGGCGAUGAUGAUGACGACCCAUACUACCUUCAAGCUUCUAUUUCUGGUACGGGGAAAACCAUGGAUGAGAGGUUAAGUUCUUAUGCAUUCAUUGCAAGAGCAGCAAUUGAGGUCACCAUUCCUUUACUCACAAGGCUGUUUUCUGAGCGCUUUUCCACACUUCAUCAGGGAAGAGGUAUUGUUGAUCCAACUUCAACUUUGGAGGAACUUUAUUCAUUGUUGUUAAUAACUGGCCAUGUACUUGCAGAUGAAGGAGAGGGAGAAACACCCCUGGUCCCUAACACAAUAAAAACCCAUUUUGUGGACACUGUGGAAGCAGAUAAGCAUCCCGCUGUGAUGCUCUCCGUUUCAAUCAUAAAGUUUGCUGAGCAGAGUUUAGAUCCAGAAAUGAGAGCCUCAGUUUUCAGUCCCCGGCUCAUGGAGGGAAAAUUUGUGCUGGAUAUUAUUGUUCGUAUCUCAGUGACAACCCUCUUGUCUUAUCCUGGGGAGAAGGAUUUGCAGGACUCAUGGCGUGAGCUAGCAAAUGCAUUUGCAAAUGAACAAACCUUUUUCAUGUUAAAUUCUUCUAAUCAGCGGUCACUGGCUCAAACACUGGUUCUGUCUGCUUCUGGAAUGGGUAAUUCAGGGGCUUCAAAUCAAUAUGUAAGGAACCUCAUGGGUCAUAUGACAAAGUAUCUGGUGCAACUAUCUAACAAGCGAGACCUUAGAAAUGUUGCUCAACAACCAGAUGUCAUCCUACCAGUGAAUUGCUUGUUGGAGCGACUACGUGGAGCUGCCAGUGCCUCAGAGCCUCGAACACAGCGAGCUCUUUAUGAGAUGGGAUUCUCUGUGAUGAACCCUAUUUUGGUUUUUCUCGAAGUUUACAAACAUGAGUCUGCAGUUGUUUAUCUGCUACUUAAAUUUGUUGUUGAUUGGGUGGAUGGCCAAAUUGCCUACCUAGAGUCUGGAGAAACUGCUUCUGUUGUUGAUUUCUGCAUGCGUUUGCUUCAGCUUUACUCAUCUCACAAUAUUGGCAAGAUAUCAGUAAGUCUUUCAAGUAGCUUGCUCAGUGAGGCAAAAACUGAGCAGUAUAAAGAUUUACAUGCACUCCUUCAGCUUCUCUCAAAUCUUUGUUCAAAAGAUCUGGUCGACUUUUCAUCAGAUUCAGUUGAGACACAGGGGACAAAUAUAUCUGAGGUAGUCUAUUUCGGACUUCACAUAGUUACCCCUCUGAUCUCCUUGGAAUUGCUGAAGUACCCUAAGCUUUGCCAUGAUUACUUUUCGCUACUAUCACAUAUGUUGGAGGUGUAUCCUGAAACAGUUGCCCGAUUGAACAAUGAAGCUUUUGGCCACGUGCUUGGGACCCUUGAUUUUGGCCUUCGGCAUCAGGACACAGAAGUGGUCAAUAUGUGUCUGAGCGCUCUGAAGGCUCUUGCUUCCUACCACUAUAAGGAGACAGGUGCUGGCAAAACAGGCUUAGGCUCACAUGCCUCCAGUGUGAAAGAUUCUCAUGGAAAUAUGCAGGAAGGCAUUUUGAGUCGAUUCCUUCAAUUGUUAAUGCAAUUACUCCUUUUCGAGGAUUACAGUCCAGAUCUGGUCAGUCCUGCAGCAGAUGCUCUCUUUCCAUUGAUUCUUUGUGAACAAGUUCUUUACCAGAAAUUAGCCAAUGAGCUUAUAGAGAGGCAAACAAAUCCAGCAUUCCGAUCAAGGAUGGCAAGUGCAUUACAGUCCCUCACAAGCGCUAAUCAGCUUUCAUCCACUCUAGAUCGCAUGAAUUACCAAAGAUUCAGGAAGAAUGUGAACAAUUUUUUGAUUGAAGUUCGUGGAUUCUUGCGGACAAUGAACAAGAUUUUGCAAUCAAAGGGAAAACCCAGUUUUAGUGAGCACAUUAUUGUCAGUUCUGGCUUGUUAGCAGAGAGUAAUCUAGUAGAGCGAAGUUAA